UCUUCGGCCGUCUUGUCGACACUCUGUCACCGUCCCACCACGGCUUCUCCUUCUUCUUUCAUAAACCCUAAAAUCUCGCCGAACCCUAAAUCCCUUACCUGGAUUUCAACUUCACCGUGAAAGAUGCAACACGAUGAGGUCAUAUGGCAGGUUAUCAGGCACAAGCACUGCAGUUAUAUGGCCAAAAUCGAAACUGGAAUCUUCUGCAGAAACCCUUAUAAUGUAACCGGAAUCUGCAAUCGAAGCUCAUGCCCUCUUGCCAACAGCCGCUACGCCACCAUCCGUGACGUCGAUGACCAGAACUGUGGAAAAGAUGUUUCUUUUGAAUACAGUGGUGUGAUCUCUUACAGUGGAUUCUCUGUUUUGCUGUGUUACUCAGGAGUCUUUUAUUUAUAUAUGAAGACUAUAGAGAGAGCCCACAUGCCUAAGAACCUGUGGGAGAGAAUUAAACUGCCUGUAAACUAUGAGAAGGCUCUUGAGCUCAUUGAUAAGCACUUGUUGUACUGGCCCAAGUUGUUGCAGCACAAGGUUAAACAAAGGCUGACCAAAAUGACUCAAAUGCGUAUUCGUAUGAGAAAACUUGAACUGAAAACAAGGGAGAAGAUAAUGACUGUCCCUACGAUGAAGAAAACGAAGGAGGAGAGAAGAGAGGAGAAGGCUCUAAAAGCAGCGUUGUUGGAUAAGGCCAUUGAAACCGAGUUGCUGGAACGUAUGAACAAGGGCAUUUACGAUGGUAUAUACAAUUACCCAGAGGCUCCGUGGAACAAAGUUCUUGAUACUGAAAAGAGCGUUGAAGAGGAAGUUGAAGUAGAAGAUGAGAAGGAACCAGUGAUUGAAUAUGUUGAAGACUAUAGUGAAGAAGAAGAAGAAGAUGAUAUGGAAGAUUUCUGUGGUAUUCCGUCUAAGGAGUCUCACCUAGACGGCGAUGAUCAUGACUCGGAAGAUGAGGAUGGGGAUGAUGCUGAGGAGCAAGUUGUGAUUCAUAAAAAGGGAAAAUCGAAGAAGAGGUCAAGAGUAGCUGUUGAGGUCGAGCAUGAAGAUGAUGGAGUCACGAGGCGAAAUCUGAAGAGCCUUGCACUUUGAGAAGGAAAGUGAAAGUUUUGAUACUUAUGAUUGGAAAAGGUAGAGUUUCUUCAUCAGUUGUGAGGCCUUUUGGUUUUGUAGUUCUCCUUGAAAGCUAAUAGUAGUUAUUUAACUUUUAUAUCAAAACCAUUUAUAUAUGAAGUUACAAGUUUGUUUUUGGAAUUGUUACUGAAAAACUUGAAAAGAAGAGGCGUUGUAUGAAUCGAUGAUGUAUCAAUUAUUGACACUUGGGUGGAUUUUGUUUCUUUAUCAAAACACAGUGAAAUCGAAAUCUGCAGAGAAGUUGAUGAAAUUGAAUGAGGCAUUUCGAUAA